CCCCUGUCAGUGGUAAGGCAUUCGAACGCGUCACAUUCUUAGUUGUCCACCACAAUUUGCAUUCGAUACGAUGGAGACUUCGUUCGCUCUCACAGGCAAAGGCUAUGUAAUCGUUGCAGCCGAUACCACAGCGGCCCGUUCCAUAGUCAAAAUGAAGGUCGACGAAGAUAAAAUCAAGGAAUUGGGCACGCACUUGUUGAUGGCAUACUCAGGAGAACCAGGUGACACCGUUCAGUUCGCCGAAUACGUCGAGCGGAACAUCCGCCUGUACCAAAUCCGCAAUCUCUACCCGCUUCGUCCACCUGCCGCUGCCUCUUGGAUACGUCGUUCAUUGGCGCAGAGUCUCCGAUCGCGCAAUCCAUACUCUGUGAACUUGCUCCUCGGUGGAUAUGACCAAGCUGAGAACAAACCGAAUCUGUAUUGGAUAGAUUAUUUGGGCUCUGUGGUCGAAGUGCCGUUUGCUGCUCACGGGUAUGGGAGCUACUUUGCGUUGAGUUUACUGGACAAGUACCAUGAUCCUGAAGCGCCUUUAGAAGAGGGCUUGGCCACGUUGAAACGGUGCCUUGACGAGGUCACGAAACGACUAGUCGUGAGCCCAAGCAAGUACAUGGUUAAGGUGGUCGACAAGGACGGUGUACGGGAGGUGGAGAUUUGACGCUACUUUCUUCUGUCAAGCAAUGCUGUAUUCGCUAUGUGACAUGACUUAUUAUGCAGAUGAACCAAUAAAAGCGACGAUAUGAGCAUGUCUCGGGAGGUGGCUGCUGCCUCGACAGCAUCAUAUUUCGGUCACCUACCAUCUGGUUCCAGGGGACUUGGUGCAAACUAGACGGGUAUUCGCCUAGGACUGAAGUAUUCGAG